AACUUUUCGCAUGUUUUAAAAAGAUAAUCGAUCGAUACUUUUGUAGAAUUUCACAAAAGGUGUUAAUUAAGAUUGAUGAGUGUUAAGAAUAAGGUGUAGAUGAAGCUUGAGGAGAAGAGAGGAGACAGUGUGUUAAAUCGAGAGAGAGAGCCAUAAUGUGCAGUAUUUUGCCCUGGAAAUGCGAGGUCAAAGAAGUUGCUGAAAUGGCCUCCACGCACCAGUCUGACCAUGAAGAGAUGGUUUUGCAAGCCUUGAUGCUCCAUUUCACCAACUUCAACUUCGAUAAGGCUAAAGAUCAGGCAGAGAAGGAGCGUGACAUGAGUAGAGGUGUUGGGUCUUCCAUGUGGCAGUCGUUACUAACUUGCAUCGCACAGUUGGCCAUAGCAGAGAAACUCUAUAUGAACCUUUCCUUUCUUACUAGCAAAGGAUUUCUAAGGAAAGAGAGUUCUGUUCGAGCAAACUUUGAGUCUCUGAGCAUAGAGUUUGGUGAAUUAGAGAAGAGAAACUUUGAGACUAGUAACAUCAGGGGCAGUAAUGCUAGAUGCAGUAAUGCCAAAACCAGCAAUGGCAACAAUGCUGGAAAUGAAACGGCAAAUCCUGGAAGUCCAGGCAGCCCUGGUAGCCUCGGAAACCCUGGAAACCUAGGAAACCCUGGGAGCCCUGUCUCAGAUGGCCUUCUGGAGCAUAUAUGUUCACAUCUUGUGCUCUUUACUAAAGCUCGUCUACAGAUGAUUGCGUUCUAUGAACGGAUGGUUGGGUCGUCCAUGGAUCGGCUGAUGAAUUUUGACGAAUUGCUGGCACAUGUGACUGACAUUAGCAUGAACAACAGCAGAAAUUUCCAUCAUCCUUUGCUGACACCUCUGAAAACAAGUUUUACAUAUGAAUGUGACAUCCUUAUGCAUCUGCUCAGAAGUCAAAUUGAGAUGCAGUUUUGGAGGUUUUUCCCUUCGCUCCUCCACCUCCAUGAUGCACACACGAAACUGAAUACAUGGCAUGCUGUUGUACAGUCAAAAGAGACAAAGAAAUAUGGUUUUGGUUCCAAUUUCCUCAAAUCAUCUCCUCUUCCACCAUAUAUCAGUGGCGUGGCAAGCAAAAGCAGCUUUUGUCUCAAAAAUCCAGAGUUUCAGCGGCGGAGUGAUGCUGCUAGUGUGUGUCUGGUAUUUGAGGCUGCAGGAGUGGAGGACUACCAAGGUGCUGGCUACCACCAUCCCCAGGAAUCGUUGUCUCCACCUAAAGGACUGGAUAGCUACCCAGCAAUUUUUCCUAUCCUCCUGUAA